AUGUUUCUACUUCGUAAGUACACAGAAAGGCUUGUGUUAUCCUAUGAUUGUAAGGGGGUUAGAGUUGUGUCUGUAAGAUUAGCUCUUUCAGUUCAUGAUAAAGGUGGCCGUACUUUCAUUGGUCUUUUAAUGGAAAAUGCAAAGAAGAACCACGUGUCUUAUUAUGUGGGGGACGGCGAAAAUUUGUGGUCAGCAGUACAUCAUGACGAUGCUGCAGUGCUUUACAGGCUAGUUGUAGAAAAGGCACCUGUAGGGUCCAUUCUUCAUGCUGUAACGGAAUUUGCUCCAGCGAAGAAAAUCGCAAUGGCAAUUUCAGAAGCUAGAAAUAUCGCUGUCGACUCCUUCAGCUCAGCUCAGGACGUCGAAAAAUUGGGGUUCAUUGGUAACAUAAUUCAGGUAAAUUCUCACAUCUUGAGUGAGAAAACUAGAAGUGUCUUGGGUUGGGUUCCAACUAAACUCGAUCUCCUAUCCGAUAUUAAGGAGAAUAGCUAG